AUGUCGACGAACAAAGAUCCUGAGCUCGCGAAAGACGGCCUCGAAGUCACGGCCUCCCUAUCCUCGUCCAAAGAUGCCAACGCACCUGUACCAGUCGAAGGAACGACCGAGCAUCUGCCUACAUACGAGCACGAGAAGGCUCUGACGUGGAAGUUUGAUCUCAGGAUUCUGCCCAUGCUGGCUGUCAUGUAUCUCUUCAACGCGCUCGACAAGGGCAAUCUGGGCAACGCAAAGACGGACGGCAUGGACAAAGAUCUUGGUUUCGUGGGCAACCAAUACAACAUCAUGCUGAGUAUCUUCUACGUACCAUAUGUCAUCUUUGCGCCACCGAUUGGUAUGCUGGGAAAGAAAUACGGGCCGCAUCGUGUGCUGCCGAUCAUGAUGUUCUGCUUCGGUAGUGCGACGCUGCUCGCUGCUAGCGUGCAGAAUUGGAGUGGUAUGAUGGCUCUACGAUGGUUUUUGGGUAUGGCUGAGUCUGCAUUCUUCCCAUUGGUCAUCUACUACUUGACCACCUUCUACCGUCGAGGAGAGCUUGCCAGACGACUGGCAUUAUUCUAUGCCGCUUCCAAUAUUGCAAACGCAUUCAGUGGACUGCUCGCUUUCGGUGUAUUCCAGAUCGAGUCAAAGCUUGACUCGUGGCGUUACCUGUUUAUUAUUGAGGGAGCACUCACAGUCUGCUUCUCCUUCUUCGCCUACUGGUACCUCCCCAAGAACGCCUUCGAAGCCAAAUUCCUCAAUGAGUCAGAGAAGCAACUCGCAUACACGCGUAUCCAGAUCGACUCUUCAUCGGUCGUUGACCAAAAGUUUAAUCUAAAAGACGCUCUUGGUAUUUUCAAAGAGGCAUCAACCUAUGGCUUCCUAGCCAUUGAAAUUUGUCUCGGUGUACCGCUGCAGUCCGUAUCGCUAUUUCUGCCACAGAUUGUCGCGCGACUAGGAUACGAUCACAUCAAGACGAACCUUUAUACUGUAGCGCCCAACAUCGUUGGAGCAAUUGUUCUUCUCAUCUUGGCUUUUGCCUCGGACUUUACUCGUCUCCGCUUCCCGUUCAUCGCUCUCGGCUUUCUGCUCACAUUCAUCGGCUUCAUCAUCUACGCCACCAUUGACGUAGAACAAUCCCUUACCGUUGCCUACUUCGCCUGCUUCAUGAUGACAUGGGGUACAUCUGCACCUUCCGUUCUCCUCUCCACAUGGUACAACAACAACGUCGCCGACGAGAACCGGCGUGUAACCCUUACCUCGGUUGGUGUGCCGCUGGCAAACUUGAUGGGUGUCGUUAGUUCGAACAUCUUCAGGCCACAGGAUGCGCCAGAGUACAUCCCUGCGCUGGCGACUACUGCAGCUUUCGGAGCGACUGGAUGUUUGUGUGCAGCGCUGCUGGGUGCCUACAUGGUUGUAGACAAUAAGAGGAGGAACGCGAAACAGGGCGUCAACCACACUGCUAGGGAUGUUUCAACCGAGAAACUGAGAGAUGGACCCAAGAACCCAGACUUUAGGUGGUUCUUGUAA